AUGCACUGGAAAGCUAUUCACAGCUACAACAGCCUGAAAAAUGUUUAUGACAUCUUUGUGACCUAUGACACCAAGGAUCCACAUGUCUCUGAGUGGGUAAUGAUGAAUCUGCGGGUGAAAUUGGAAGAGGAAGGCGAUAAACUUCUUCCUUUGUGCUUGGAGGAGAGAGACUGGCCUCCAGGAGUCCAACUAGUGGACAACCUUGCACAGAGCAUCCAAAACAGUCGCAAAACCCUGUUUGUCUUGACAGAGGGCUACGUUAAGACUGGCAAGUAUCUGGCCCACCAGAGACUGCUGGAUGAAAAUAUGGAUGUGAUCGUUCUGCUGAUGCUCGAACCUGUCCUCCAACAUUCUCACUUCCUGCGCCUGAGGAGGAGACUUUGUGAGAAAAGUGUUGUGGAGUGGCCCAGAACCGCAGCUGCUGAGCCCUGGUUCUGGCAGAACCUUAAAAAUGUUUUAAGAGUUGAUAAUCAUGCUAUAUCCAAUAAGACAUAUACAAAAAUCUUAAGCACAGAGUAAGAAGGAAGACAAAGUGACAGACUGCUGCUUCCCAAGUGCCGGACCAAUAGAUUCAAGAACUCCUUUGUCCCCCACUCCUUCAGACUGUACAACUCCUCAUUUGGGGGUGGGAGGUGACACAGGACAGAGGGAAGGAGUAGUGACCCCUUGUACUUUUCUGGAAAUAUUCACACUUAUCAGGCCAAACCAUAUAGUGCAAUAUCAUAUCACUGGUCAAUCUAUCCACCAAAUUGCUAUAUUUUCCUUUUGUGUUGUAUUUAUAUUCUUUGUUUUGUAUUUAUAUUCUUAUUACAUUUACUGUGUACCUUGUAUUUAAUUUGUAUUUUUUUGUGUAUACUUACUGUGUGCCACU